AUGACAAUGGAUCCCACUGCCGUUGCGGCGGAGAAGGAGGCCGAGCUCUUCGAGGAAGAGAAGACUAAUGUCAAUCUGCAAGAUGAGCGCGGUCCUGAGACCUCACCACUGGACAAGAAAAUCCUGCUGAAGCUCGAUUUGUUUGUCAUUCCCAUAAUCACCAUGGUUUAUCUACUUGCAUUCCUUGAUCGCGCCAAUCUUGGAAACGCUCGUGUGGCUGGACUUCAAGUCGACCUUGGACUCACAGAUCAUCAAUAUCAGACAGCAAUCACGGUUACCUAUGUCCCGUACAUUGUGAGCGAGAUUCCAUCCAAUUUGAUCAUCAAGAAGAUCGGUCCUCGCAUCUACAUCCCCUUUCUCUGCUUUUCCUGGGGCAUUAUUUCGACUCUACAGUGCCUUGUACAAAACUAUGCCGGUUUGGUUGUCUGCCGCUUCUUCCUGGGUCUGAUGGAGGGUGGAUUGUUCCCUGGAAUCAUCCUGUAUCUCAGCAGCUUCUACCGACGACAAGAACUCUCACUCCGCAUUGCCUUGUUCUGGUCAGCAGCAUCUCUCAGUGGAGCCUUCUCUGGGCUAUUAGCUGCGGCCAUUGCGCAGAUGGAUGGCGUUGGAGGCAUGGCAGGUUGGCGAUGGAUCCUCUGUCUCGAAGGUAUCUUUACCGUGGUCUGGGCUGUCAUUACCUACCUCUGUCUCCCCAACGAUCCUGAAGGCGUGAAAUUCUUCAAACCGGAUGAACGAGAUCGAUGUAUCGAGCGACUCAAGCUCGACGCUGAGAUUUCUGAAGGGGAAAAAGUCAAAAUCGGUCGAGUCUUGUCGGUGUUCAAGGACCCUCAUCUUUUCCUGGUCUGGUUGUGUUCCUUCUGUUCAGGCUGUGCGAUUUUUGGAUUGGCAUACUUCUCUCCUUCAAUCAUCCGGUCGAUGGGCUAUUCCACUACUCAAACUCAACUGAUGAGUGUACCUCCAUAUGCAUGGGGAUUGGUGCUCACGAUCUUCACAUCAUACUACUCCGACAAGUACAUGAUGCGAGGAAUUCCCAUGUUGAUCACAUAUUUCAUCGCGUUGAUUGGAUCCAUCAUGUUCCUUGUUGGUCGCAGCGUGGGAGUGCGAUAUGCCGGGGUCUUCUUUCUACUUGGAGGAGUGUAUGCCAACGCGCCAGCACUCAUCGCCUGGGUCCCCAACAACUGUGCUGCACACACUCGACGUGCCACAAGUGUAGCGAUGACUUGUAUUGCUGUCAACUGCGGUGGUAUCAUCAGCACUUGGAUCUUCCCUCAGUCAGAUGCGCCUUACUAUCCGUUCGCAGCCAAAUUCUUGUUGGCCUUGAACGUCAUUGCUAUUGUUUUGACAGCAGUAGCCAUGUUUGUUUGCCACCGAGCCAACAAGAAGAAGCAGGACCCAGAAUACAGACAAAAGUUGUUGGGAGAUAUGGGAGACCUGAGUUUUGCACAACAGAUUGAGAAGUUGGGUGAUCACCAUCCAGAUUUCAAGUAUGUCUUGUGA